UCUCCGGCAGCAUUUAGACACAACGAAAGGAUCAUGGCGGAUGGCCCCAGGUGUAAGCGCAGAAAGCAGGCGAACCCGAGGAGGAACAGCGUGACUAACUACGGUAAUCUGGUGGCGGCGGGCUCAGAAUCGGAUGAUGAGGACAAGCUGCAGAUUGUGGAGGAGGAAAGUAGCCUGGCGGACGGGGCCGACUGCGACAGCACCCUGCCAGAUGAUGAGCUCCCCAGGGACCACUGCUGGGACCGAGUGAAGGAGGAUUGUGUGUCGGAUGGAGAGGACAAUGUGAGCACUGACGCCCUGAUGGAGGAGAUGCUCCAGCAAGGAGACACAGCCGUCAUCUACCCAGAAGCCCCGGAGGAUGAGCCGCAACGACAGGGCACGCCUGAUGCCAGCAUCCACGAUGAGAACGGAACUCCUGAUUCCUUCUCUCAGCUGCUCACCUGCCCGUACUGCACUCGCGGCUACAAGCGUUACAGCUCCCUGAAGGAGCACAUCAAGUACCGGCACGAGAAGACAGAGGAGAGCUUCAACUGCCCCGAGUGCAGCUACAGCUUCGCUUACCGGGCGCAGCUGGAGAGGCACAUGACAGUCCACAAGGGCGGACGGGAUCAGAGACACAUCACGCCGUCGGGCGGCAAUCGUAAAUUCAAGUGCACUGAAUGUGGCAAAGCAUUUAAAUACAAGCAUCAUCUGAAGGAGCACCUACGCAUCCACAGCGGAGAGAAACCCUACGAGUGCUCCAACUGCAAGAAGAGGUUCUCCCACUCAGGUUCCUACAGCUCCCACAUCAGCAGUAAGAAGUGCAUCAGCGUCAUCUCAGUUAACGGCAGACCACGCUCGGGGAACACCAAAACCCAGACCCAGGGUCCAUCGCCGGCGCUGCCCACACCGCCCUCAGUCCUCCGCACCCAGAUCAGGGAGAAGCUGGAGCACAGCAAGCCCCUGCAGGAGCAGCUGCCCCUCAAUCAGAUCAAGACUGAGCCUGUGGACUACGAGUACAAGCCGUCAAUGAUCACGUCCCAGACGGCCAUGAACGGGGUUUUCAACGGAGGUGCUGCUGCUCCUCUGGGCACAGUGCAGGCCGUAGUCUUGCCGACUGUGGGGCUGAUGUCGCCCAUCAGCAUCAACCUGGCAGACCUGCAGAAUGCUCUCAAAGUAGCAGUGGACAGCGAUGUCAUUCGUCAGGUGCUCGAAAACAAUGCCAAAAGCCAGGGGCAGAUGAACUCGGGGUUAACCACUGGAAUGCUCCACCCUCAACAGCAGCAACUCAUCUCAGCCAUUAGUCUGCCUAUUAUGGGUCAGGAUGGAAAUGCAAAAAUCAUCAUCAACUACAGCUUGGACCAUGGCCAGCUCACAGCCCAAAACCUGAAGAAAGAGCCUGGGGCUGAUUCACCAACUCACACCACCACUGACACUUUCAAGUCCCAGAAACUCCCAGAAGAUCUCACGAUCAGAGGCACCAGGUCCAUUGAGACAAACGAAAAAGAGGAAAAGACCACUAAAACUUGUCUCCUGUGUGAUAACUGUCCCGGUGGGCUGGAAGCUCUCCAUGCCCUCAAGCACUGCAAGAAGGAUUGUCUCAGGCUGAAUGGAGCAGGCCUGGGAAAGUCUGAGUCUGCUGUUGCAGCCCUGCUGUCAGAGGGAGGACUCUGCAACCAGCCCAAGAACCUCCUGUCCCUGCUCAAGGCCUACUUUGCCUUAAAUGCAGAGCCCACUAAGGAUGAGCUGGCCAAGAUCUCUGACUCAGUGAGCCUGCCAGUCCAUGUGGUUAAGAAGUGGUUUGACAAAAUGCAGGAGGGUCAAAUAUCACUGGGUGCCCCGACACCUCCCUCAGAGGAAGAGGAUACCUGUGAAGCCAACAGUGUGGUCUCCCUGGUCCCAGGCAAGGACACAUCCACUAUGAGCCCUGCUGUGAGCCAGGACAGCCCUACAGAAGCCAGCCCGGCAGAGACAAAUGGUGAUCACAGCUUCCCGGAAUCAUCACUAAACGUGAGAGCUGGCGGCCCAGUACCGGCCCAGACCCCUCAGAGCACAGAGGGACCCCUAGACCUAUCGCUGCCAAAGCCCACCAGAGAGGAAGCAGAGAGAGUGGUGGCUAAAGCCAGCAUGCACCCCUCUCCCUCCUCUUGCUUGACCAAUGAGGAAGAACCCCUAAACUUAACUUGCACAAAGAAAGAGGCAUCGCCACUCUCAGUCAUGGGCAACUGUCCCAUCGCACUGUACGCCAGCCAGCCAAGUGCCAAACCCCUCGACAUUGUUACCACGAUGCAAUGCCUCAGGGCGCUAGCCACCAAUAAUAAACAGACUAUCCUGAUCCCCCAGCUGGCUUACACCUAUACCACUACAGCAAACAGCCCUGCAGGAACCGAGAUGCACGAAACCAUCCACCUCAACGGAGUGAAGGAGGAGAGACAGGACACAUACUCGGAGGGCGUAUCUACUGUGGAGGACCAGAAUGACUCAGACUCAGGCCCUCAGAGGAAGAAGAUGAAGAAGACGGAGAGCGGCAUGUACGCCUGCGACCUGUGCGACAAGAUCUUCCAGAAGAGCAGCUCGCUGCUGAGACACAAAUAUGAACACACAGGGAAGCGACCUCACGAGUGCGGCAUCUGCAGCAAGGCUUUCAAACACAAACACCACUUGAUUGAACACAUGCGGCUACACUCGGGGGAGAAGCCGUACCAGUGCGACAAGUGCGGCAAGCGCUUCUCCCACUCGGGCUCCUACUCCCAGCACAUGAACCACCGCUACUCCUACUGCAAGAAGGAGACACAGAACCUAGACCGGGAGAGCCCAGAGGAGGAUGGAGAGGCCCCGGUCGAGAUGGAGGCCCUGAACCACGUGCAGAUGCAGCACAUGGCUCCUCUCCAGCUGGAUUUGGAUGAGCGAGGAAGCAGCACAAGGGAGGACGAGGAGAGCGAGGAAGAGGAGGAGGAGGAGGAAGGUGUGGUAGACAUGAAUGACAUCCAGGUAGUACAGAUAGGAGAAGACGAGGAAGAAGAAGAGGAGCAAGAGCAAGGGAACGAGAAGGAGAUGGAAACAGUAAUGGUGGGAGAAGAAGGAGAAGAAGGAGAAGAAGAGAAAUCAGAGAAAGAAAUGAAACCUGAGGAAGUGGAGGCUGACACGAGGCAGGAGGAGCUCACGGGCACUCAGGAAGAGGAGGAAGUCAAGAUGGAGGAAGAGGAGGUGAUGGAUACAGAAGGAGGGGUGACAGAAGAGGGGAAUGCAGAGGGAGAGGUCGGAGAGGAGAGCGGAGUCGAAACAAACAGGAACACGGGUUCUGAAGACGAGAACCAGACGCCGCAGGAGGAAGGAGAUACUGACUAAAAGAGGAACCAGACUCCUCCAUGAAACACAAUCAGAUUCCUCCUCUCCUCGUGCAGAGGAAGAACGCAGGAGAUGAUGUCUGGUCACUCUGACAGUUUGUUUCAGUUCACUACUGUGUAGAAAUCCAGGUGUGCCUGAAAAAAAUACUAGUGACUUUUCCACAGGAGAGCAGUUUCUCACUGUUAGAAAAAUCCAUUUGUAAAGAAAAAGAUGAAGACGAACACAAAUUUUAACAAAGGAAAUGCAUUAUACAGACUUUGGAAGCUAGAGCCGACAUGUUUUAGAUAAUGUUUUAUUACUAAAACACCUUGGGUCAUUUCUUUUUAUCAGUGUUACUAAUUUUAUCACUCAUAUUUUAACCUUUAAAAGCUGUACAGUUGGGAGAUAUUUCUAUACCUUUUUAUUGCCAAUGAACAAAAAAAAGUCAGUAUUUUAUUAAGUUGGAAGGAAAAUGAGAAAAAUCCUGUGCACUACAAGUGGCUUGGUUUACCUUUGGAUUAAGCAGUUGAGUUGUGUUGUCUACCCUUCAGUAUUACCGCACUAGAUUAUACCACAUCAUCCCGCUAGCAGAUGUUAGCAUUACUUUUUGUGUGUGUGUGUUAUUUAGAUCGGAAUGUGAGCCUUAAGAAGAAAAACAACGGAAGAUGGACGGGUCUUUUCACUUUAGUUCCUUUUAAGACGUUUAGACACAUUGUUGUCAAAGUAUCUAUCAGUGUUUUACAGGAAUAGUUUGACAUAUCGGUUUAUAUGCUUGUCUGCUUUUUUUCGUGAGAGUGAGAUGUAAAGAUUGAUACCAAUCUCGUGCCUGUACGGUAAAUCGCCUGUCACGAAAUUUAGCUUAGUAUAGCGUAACAUGAAAACCAGAACUUUAGGGAAAUAUGUUAUUUCCUUCCAGUCCAGUAGUUGGCAGUAAUGCACCUGUAACCUGGUUUGCCAAAUGCUAAUAAAACCCAAAUGAUGACGAAGAAAAAAAAGCUAGAGAUGGAGUCUGGUUAGCUUGUUACCUGCUGAUUGCAGCAUUCAUGCAAACUUAAACUAGCCCCCCCUGGCUGUACCCUGGUAUUUACCGUGCAGAUAUGGUCGCAGUAUCUUGUUGUCUCAGGUCUUAGCGUGAAAGCAAAUGAGCGUAACACCUUAAAUGUCAAGCUAUUUUUUUAAAUGUUCAGAGUGAGCAGAAGGAGAUGUAGAAAACUUUCUGACCCUUUCUUUACCCCUCCCUGUAACCCCCUACCCAACACCCCCCCGAGGCUUAUGCAAAAAAGAAUCAAACUAAAACAAGAGAAACAUGCAAAUCAGAAGUGCCACAGAAUAUUGCUGUCGAAGCUUCGCAGGUAUGAUCAGACCUGAGCGAGCAGAAUUUAGCCCGACCACAUAAUCAUGUACCAUAGACUCUAGAUGACUUGUUUUUAUUUCUACGCCGAGCGACUACAUGAAUUACGAUGCACAUGUUUUCAAAAUGGAUGAUGAUGAUGAAGUAUGAUUUCCACUUGUUAACUGUGUCCUGCCUUUUUCAAAGCUUAUUCAGUGCACUUGUUUAACACACCACGAAACGCUCAAACGUCUCUUCAGGUAACAAAAUGUAGGCAAAUCCCAGGAGUUUAAUUCAACAAAGUUUUUACCUGUCAGUAUUAUUUUUUGUCUCUUAUGUUGUUUUAUGUUCUGUUCUGUUCAGUGUGUGUACUGUACGUUUCCAGCAAUGGCAGUAUUAUCCCCACCCCCCCAUGAGAUGGUAAUGUCUGUUUAGUCAUAGAGAACUUUUAUAUUUAUGUGUCUUAUUUUUUAUAUUUCUUUAUGGUUAUUUAUUACACUAUGUAGUGUACAAUACUGUAGUUUGUAUUAAUACGAUAAUAUAUUUUAGUAUGGAAAACAAAAAAAGAUUCAAAGGCAACUACAGCUACAAGCCUGGAAAACGAGACUCCGGCAUACUGAAGUAUGUUUUACGAACAAACAAAAUUAUGUUUUUCCUCGGGAAAAGAAACCCGCACCCUACAAGCCUGAAAAUUGGAACCUGUGACCUUUCUGCAUCCAUUCUCAUGUUAGUUUAGUUUUCUUUCCCCCUCUCUAAUAUAAUGCUACUGAACUUUUGAGAAAAAAAACUAAUUGUAUGUCUAAUAGCAUGAGUGUGUGCUGUUGUAUUGAAGGAUGAUGCUUAACCACACAAACUGUCCUUUUUGCCAAGCCAAAAUAAUAAUGACGUAUGUUCUUAUGUUUUUAUUUGUGCCAAUUUGUUACUUUAUAUGUCAGUGUCAAGACCACACCCACUUUUAUAUGCCCCCCGCCCCUUUUAACACCCUCAUCUUUUUUUAUAAUGAUUGUUUUUUUUUGUUUUUGUUUUUUUGUUUUAAUUCAUUUUUUAUGACUCCCCAUCUCACAAUAAAAUACAUCAAUUACAAGCUG